AGGGGGGUAACUAUAAUCACGUGUGGUACAAACAACCAAUGGCAGCUAGAAAGACUUGUAGAAAUAAUUACCUGGCUUGAUUGUUCAAUGGGCAGAUAAAAAAGUACACAUACACUCCAUAUAAUAAUCGGAUGCAUGUAAAAGAGACGGGGAGGUUCGUCAUGUCGACCACUGGUCCCAUAAGUAAUUAUUAUGUGGAUUCCUUGAUAAACCAUGAAAACGACGAGGUCCUGGCGACUCGAUUCUCCACUGCUGGAUCGCUUCCCUCCGGCUCCCGUCCGACGCCCAUAGUACCGGAGUGUGCCGAUUUUCCUUCCUGCAGCUUUACCCCUAAACCUUCCGUUUUUACCACGUCUUGGGCCCCAGUUCACUCACAGUCCUCAGUGGUCUAUCACCCAUACACCCACCAGCCUCACUUAGGAACGGAUUCCAGAUAUAUACGCUCCUGGCUGGAGCCGGUCUCUGGUACCGUGUCCUUCCCAGGCUAUCCAGCAAACAGCAGACACUACGGGCUGAAACCUGACGCCUUCCCGGAGCGCAGAGUCGGUGAAUGCUUGGGAUCCAAUGGACGCGGAUAUUCGGAUUAUCUGUACAGCUCUUCUGCUGAAAUUCGUGAUAAGACGCAGCAGAACGUCCCUUCUCCGGAAUCCGAGGUUCUGGCUCCAGACAAGCACAAAGACGACAAGUCCGAAUUAGAUCCAAAUAACCCCGUGGCGAACUGGAUCCACGCGCGCUCCACACGGAAGAAGCGAUGUCCUUACACCAAAUAUCAAACUUUGGAGCUUGAAAAGGAGUUCUUGUUCAAUAUGUACCUUACAAGGGACCGUCGAUAUGAGGUUGCCCGAGUCCUAAAUCUGACGGAACGACAGGUUAAAAUAUGGUUCCAGAAUCGACGGAUGAAAAUGAAGAAAAUGAACAAAGAAAAGAGCGACAGCAAAGAACAGUAGUAUGCAAUUGGUCGACAUAAAUGGGAAACAUAAACAAGAAUUGGAAUUCAGAUUGAGCAAUUUACCCUACAACUCCCAAGAAAACAGCACAGACAGAAAGCGUUAGGCCCGUUCAUUUUGUGAAAAUUAGUUUGAUUUUUAGUUUGCGAAACAUUUUAUGAUGUUUUAUUAUAUUUUCUUUUUUUUUGGAUACUGUCCAUCAUGCGACAUUGUUUAAUAUUUAGUGUUCCUUAGAAUAACACCACAGUUGUGUUGAGGCGAUUAAGUACCUUGUACUUAAAAGGACAAUGACUGAAAUAGGCCUAUUUACUAGUGAACAGCGAAAGUACUUGAAUUUUUUUAUUUUACUUUGUAACUUAUGACUUUCUUCAUAUGUCAAAAAGAUAUCAACGUGUCUGUGUAUGUAUUUGUGUGGUACUAUAAUAGUUUUGAUGUACUUAUUCGUGUAUUUUUACAUUACUUCAAAUCCGUAAAGUUAUAACCUGUUGUAGAAUGUAGCUACAUUGAAAUAUAUACAAUAUCACCUUG